AUGGACGAUGUAGAGGAAGAGGUAAAUCUAAGCAAUACGAACGCGACCAAUAUUAUUGAAGCAAGUAGUUCACUAAAGAAAAUUUUAAAUGAAGAAGAAUACGAUUCGCUCCCUAUUUUAAUAGCAGAAAAAUUAGAAAAUUCGUUCCAACGAUCGUUUGAAGAAUUUCUUACAAAUAAAGCUUUGUAUGAAACAUCUAAAUUUCAGUAUGAAAAGGAAAUUAAAAUUCUUAAAGAUGAUUUUAGUAAAAAAAAUAAAACAUUAGAAGAUACUAUUACUAAAUUAGAUGCAAUUAAUUCCGAAUAUAAAGAAACAUUAGAAAAACUUCAAAUUGCCGAACAAAAUGGCCAAAAAUUAUAUGAGCAAAAUAAGCAACUUCAAUGUGAAUGGCAAAGUUUCAAAAUUCAAAGAGAUCAAGCCAUGGAUGAAAAAGAAUCAUUAUUACAAAUGAUUGAAAGAAGAAACUCUGAAAUUUCAACAUUAAAAGUGGAUUUAAAUGAUUUGAGUAAACAACUUCAGGCAGCAGUAAAAGCAAAAUUAAUAGCCUUAGAAAAUUCGGAGGAAGUUGAAAGUUUAAAGAUAUCAUUAACCUACAAAGAAAAGAGAAUUGAGCAAGAAUCCUUGUUAUUAAAAAAUCAAAUUCAAUGUUUAAAUGAAGAAUUAAAUAAACAAACAGCAGAAUUAGCACGUUUAAAAAAAGAAAAUUCUACAAAAUUUGUUUUAUUAGAAUCAGAAAUAUCGGAGAAAACUCAACAAUUAAAAAUAUCUGAAGUCACCAUUUUAGAUUUAAAAGAAUCAAAUGAGAAACUUUCUCAAAAAGUUGAAUCGUUGCUUCAAAAAUUAUUAGAACAAAGAAAUUCCUCUGAUCAAAUGUUUGAUAAUUUCCAACAAGAACUCCAAGCUCAAACAAAAUUAACUCAACUAUAUCAAGGUUUAAGUGAAGAAAAUGAUUUAAAAACAGAAAAAUUGACUAAUGCUAUUAAUGAAUUACAAAAUUUAUUAAAGAAUGCCAGUGAGCAAUAUGGUGAACUUGAAACAAAUCAAAAAAUGAUGAUUCUUCAACAUGAAGAAGAAAUUUUACAAAAAAAUGAAUGUAUUAGGCUGCUAAAGAAAGAACUCAAUGAUGCAAAUGAAUUGUUAAAAAUCGCCAAAGAAGAGAAUUUAGAAAAUGUUAUUGCAAAUUUAUCUCCUUCUGCUGCUGCAGCUAGUAAAUUAAUUAAAUCUGGAAUGUCUUUAACUCAAAUAUACACUCAAUAUGCUACAGUCUCUGAGCAACUUUUAUUAGAAAAAGAAGAAAAUCGUAAAUUGUCGUUAUACAUCAAUACAAUUUUGGCUGAAAUUGAAGAGAAAGCACCAAAAUUGAAACAACAAAGAAUCGAUUAUGAAAAUGCUCUUGAUAAUCUUAAUAGUUUGACAAAGCAAAUGGAUAAUAUAGUAGCAGAAUCUAAAGUUUUCCAAGAGGAAUGUGUAGAAUUAAAAAAAAGUAACGGUUUCUUAAAGCGUGACAAUGAAAGGUUAAAAAAAGAAGUCGUUGAUUUAAGUCGUCAAGUGUGUUAUUUAAUUAAGUCAGUAGAAGAAGCCAGGGGAGGAUUUGUUUCAGAUAUUGAUGUUUCACAAGUGUCGUAUGACGACUCUGAAAGUUCGGCUCAGCAUGUAAUUAGCAAAAAAUUAGUAACAUUUAGUUGUAUACAAGAUUUACAACAAAACAAUCAAAAAUUAUUGGCGUUGGUGAGACAAUUAAGUGAAAAACAGGAAGCCGCUGAAAAAAUUUCUGCGUCAGAAUUUAAUGAUUUAAAAGUAAAAGAAGAAAAAUUGCAACUCAAAGUUAACGAGUUAAUGGAAGACAUGGAAAGACAAUCAAAAAUGUUAGAUUUAAUUAAAAAUCAAAGUAUGACUUAUAAAAAACUGUAUGAGCAAGCAAUUAGAGGAGAGUUGCAUCAGGCUGAUCAAACUCUUACGUCUCCAGUCAAAUCCGGAGUUGUAACUUCUACACCUAAAAAAACACAAUCUGAAGAAAAUUCUGAGAAAUUGGAAAAGCUCCAAUUAAAAAUUAAAGAAAUCGAAAAAGAAAAAAUAGAACUUGAAAAUGAAAAAAAUAAUUUAAAAUCCGAGAUAGCAAAAAUAGAAAAACGAUUUGAAGAGCAAAUUCACUCGCUUAAAAAAGAAUCGAAUGAUUUAAUUUACAAAAAUAGCAAACUCGUAGCUCAAGCCGAAUUCAAUGAAGAAAAAUUUAAAGUAAUGGAAUCGAAUAUAAAAUCAUGUAAAAAACAAAUUGAAGCUCUGGAAAAAAGAAAUUUGAUGUUGAGCGAAAUCAGUGCUAAACAUGAGCAAUCUACGAUUCAUUUGAGAGAUGAAGUUAUGCAGUUGCAGAGUAGUUUAUCAAAAGCAGAAGUUGCAUUAGAAAAUUUAAAACAUGAAAACUUUUUGUUAAAAACAACGGAAGCAAGACUUCAGAAAGAAAAUGAAUGUUUCAACAGAGAAAAACAUAGUCAUUCACUUUUGAUGUCCAAUUUGGACGCCAUUAAAGCUACUUUCGAAAGAUCCGAAGAAGAAGGGAAAUUGAGACUUGAAGCUCAAUUAAGCGACACUGUUAAAGAAUGCACAGCUUUAAAAAGUGCAUUAAAAGAAGAAAAGACUAGGUUUAAGGAAUUGGCUGCAUCAUUAGAACGUCAAACUGCUAUUGCCAAAGAAAGAAUGCUGGAAGAAAAGAAGUUAGCUGAAAAAGCUAGAGAGCAAUUAGAAAUUGUUAAUCAAGAAUUGGAAUUGAAAAACAAAAAAAUAGAAGAAUUAUCAUUGAAGAUAAGAGAACUAAAUAAUUUACCUACAAAAAAUGUUAUUGAAAGCGUGUCCGUUAAUCUUGAUGAAUCAACGAAAAAAAAUAAAGAACUAGAAAAAACAGUGAGAGAUUUAAAACACGAUGUUUCAUGUUUGGAAGUUCAACUGUCAGCAGCGAAACAACAUUGUUCACAAUAUUGCGAGAUGGCAGAAAGCUUGGAAAAAGAAUUAACCGCAGCUAAUGAAAAGCAAGAUAAUUUAAAAGCACUUAUGACGACAAAAAUUGAAGAAUUAACGUCGAAUGAAAAUGAAUGGAAAAAAAAAUAUAAAGAAUUAGAAGAAAAAUAUCAAUUUAUUUCAAACAAACAAAAGAAUUCAGCUGAGGAAAUGAAUGCUAAAUUAGAAAGUUCAAGUUCGGAAUUGAAAAGUACAAAUAGUGAGUUAAUCAAUUUGAAAAACGAGUUGACGUUUACUGAAAAUGAGCUUAAAAAAUCUAAGGAGACGAUUCAAAUGUUAAGUAAAUCGUUGGAAGAAGCUGAAAAAAAAUAUUCAAAUGAAGUGGUUUUACACAGCUCUGAUAUUCAGGCAUUGAGCUCUGUCAAAAAAGAACUUUCGGAAGCAAUACUAGAAAUUAAAAAACUAAAAACCGAGAGAGAUGAUUCCGUUGAAACAUUGAAAUUAAUGUCAUCAUCAUGGGAAGAAAAAGAAAAUAAAGCCGUCGAAGAAUUAAAGCAAUUAAAUCAGCGAUUAUUAGAUUUGGAUGAACAAAAUCGGGUUUUGCACGAACAUAUUCAAGAACUUGGAAAUCAAGUUGCCGUUUUACAAUCUCGUGUUUCGAAUGACGAAAACAAAUCCAUUAAAGAAAGUUCUUUAAGUGAUUCUUCCGAAUUGGGACCUAAGGCUCAAGACCAAUUACUUAAAGUCAUUAAAUUUUUGCGUCAGGAAAAAGAUGUUGCAAUCGCAAAAAGUGAAAUUUUACAAGCAGAAAAUGUGAGGUUGAAGACUCAGUUUACAAUAUUGACAAAACAAUUGGAAGAAGCCAAAGAAAAUUUGAAAAAAGCUCAAGAAACAUCGGAUGCGUCUUUGAAAGCUUCUGCGAAACAUGCCGAACUUUUACGAAAGAUUGACACAUUAAAUGCCAUAACUGACAGUAAUCGGAUACUACGUGAAGAACGCGAUAAACUUCAAAAAGAAAUUAAAUGUUUAAAAGAAGAAGUUGAAAAGGCUGAAAGUGCUUUGGCUCCGUUGAAAGCCGACAUUAAAAAACUGAACGAGAAAGUGGAGACAUUAACUGCGGAAAAUCAGGCUCUCUUGAUGGAUUUGGCAAAAUGGAAACAAAGAGCGGAAAAGUCAACAAAAGGAACACCCGAAGACUGGAAAAGACUAACCAAUGAAAGAGAAAACUUAGCUAAACAAUGGCAGUUGGAAAAAAAUAUAAAUGAAAAACUUGAAGAUGAAUUGAAAAAAGUAAAACAAGAGAAGACAUCUUUAAACGAACAAUUAGUUCAAAUUCAAAAAACUUUAUUGAAUGAAACAAACGAAAUAAAACGUUUAACUGAAGAUUGUAAUUCAUUUAAGCAGCAAUUUAUUAAAACAAGUGAAGCACUCAACACUACCAAAAUUCAAUUAAAUAAAGUCAUUGAAGAAUCUGCAAAUUUAUCAAAAGAAGUUGAAACGAAAGAAAAUGAAAUAAAAGAAUAUAAAACUAAAGAGGAAAAGCUUCGAAGACUUUGUAAUAAGUAUAAAAAACAAUAUGAGAUCCUUUUAAAAACUGUUGAAGAAGAAAAAAAAGAUAGAGAAGAUGAAGUAAAAAAAGUAAAAGAGGAAAGUAAUUUGAAAUUAAUGGAAGAAGAAAAAGAAAAGAUAAGAGAAGAGGGGAGAGCAGAAGUCAAAAGUGAGCUUUUAACAAGGCUUACAGAACAAGAAGCAAAAUUAUCUGAAAAAAUUAAAGAAUUGGAGGCAAGCGUUUUUUCCGCUCAGGAAGAAUCUGAUCAUUUAAAAAAAGAUAACGAAAAUUUAAAAACUAGUAUUAAUGAAAAAGAAGAACGUGUAAAAACAAUAAUGAAAAAUGCAAGGACGAAAAUAGCUCAAUUAUCCGAGCAAAAAAAGAAUUUAGAAUUAGAAUUAAAAGAAAUUAAAGAAGAAAAUGAAAUGUCAAAAGAUGAAAAUAAUUCAAAAAUAAACACUCUUAAAACUCAUUACGAAUCAAAAAUAUCUGAAAUUGAUAAAGAAAAAGCUGGACUAGUUGCUGAAAGAGAACAAGAAAGGGAGCGUAUGAAUAAUCAAAUAAAGGUAUUAAAUCAAAAAAUAAAUCAGUUGCAGCGUUUAUUUGAAAAACAACAUGGUGCUAAACCUUCUACCAGUACAAGGCCACCGGAUAAAAGUUCUAUGGAACCUCCAACUGCUAAUAUUAAACCCAUGGCUGGUUCUUCAUCUUCACCGAGAAAAGAAAAACAAACAACGGGUCCCGUUGGUCCGUGUUGGAGAUCUGGUAAUGAAACUCCUUUUGCAAGCAUUCGCCCAACUAUUUCAAUGCAAGCUCGAACACUUGCCGUUUUGCCUACCUCGCAAACUAGUAACAAUCAAACAUCAUCUUGUCAAAGCACUCCUGUAAUGGUUUUACCCCAGCAACAAAUAGUACAUACGACUGGAAGUAGUGGAGAGGCAAUGAGUUCUAGUCCUACAUCUAGUCACACCGACUAUAUGCCAGCAACUAGUUCGGCCACUCCUACUCGACAAAUCGUUGUAGCUCCUCCUUUAAGUGUUGGUACUCACACUGGUACUGAUGCUCAAUCGACUCAAGAAAUGGAAGCGGAAGCUAAUGACAAUGAAAUUCAACAGCAAACAUCGUCUCAACAACCUCAAUCGUUAGUUCAACAGCAACAACAACAAACUCAAACUGUGGCUUUGGUAAUGCCUAGAGAAAGAGUUGAGCAACAAACCACUACAACGGUUACAACUCAAAGUAAUCAACAACAAAGCAUUGAUCAGAGCUGCGGAAUUGCUUACAGUCAAGCCAACAGCAGCAAUACUGUUACUACAACUCAAGCAGGUCUUAAAAGAACAAGAGAUGUUGAAGGUGACAGUUCAACAAAUUUAGAAGGGGAAGACAUUUCGAAAGUGGGACCUCAAGGAAAACGGGCUAGAGUUACAAUAACCGGCAAUCAAGCAGAAGUGUUUCACCAUCAAAUUACUCAUUCCGAAGGUAUUGAAGUCGAAUAUCAGGUUCCAACUUCUUCGCAAAAAGAUCAGGAAGAUGAUAAUUUAAUAAUGAUUGAUUCUGACGAAGAAGGAAAUGCAGACGAAGGGGACGUCGAAGGUGGUGAGGAUGAACAUGAAUUUGAAGAGGAUAACAGCGGGUAUGAGGAAAUUGGAUUAACCACAUACGAUGAGGGACCUGAUAUCGAUGAAGAAAAUGUAACGGAUCAAGAUAAUAAUGAGGUAGAAGUUGUUGAUGAUAGUAACGAAGUUCCAAAUCAAUCAGGAAGUAGUCGUAACGAAGCAACACGCGAUCCAACUCAAUCAUCGUCGUCUGGUACUGUGACAGUACCUGUGGCAUCUUCGGUUGAAAAUGAAAAUCAGCAUCAAUCAUUACAACAAUCUUCAGAGGCCACAAGCAGUGGACCCGUAAAUAACGAAAAUGAAAACAACAUUGUGAUUGUCAGUCACGCUGCAUCUUCAUUAUCGUCACAAGCGUUUCGAAAUCGAAGUGUACCUUUGUUAAAUAGGCAGCCGCAAUCACAAUUAAUUCUUCCUCAAAGCUAUGAAGAAUCCGGAGAUGACAGUAUUGUUCCAAGUACUCCUACAUUAUUCAUACCUAGAAGAGCUGACGGUUUUGGAGAAGCGGUUUCAUCUCCACAAAUACCUCAUCAGGGAAGAUUUACGUUUUCUGAUCCAUCGGCUCCUAUUACUAGAAGCGGAAUAUUACCAGCAACGGGAGAAGGUUCCGAAGAAAGUAUUCAUCUUGAAGAUCCAGGAACUGGUCGAAGUGUUCCGACUACGCCUUUACAAGUUUCUCCUCAGGAAUUACCGACUGGUGAAACAGUUAAUGAAGUAGGUCAAAGUUCAAGUAGCGCUGUUCACGUAGAGGAAGAAGAAAACGAUGUUGCUUUAAAUAUUCCUGAUAUUGUUGUCACUAUAACAGAGGACGAUGAUCAUUGUGAAACUCCUCCUCCUGAAUUGUCAGAAUCAGCCGGUGAGGACGAAGAAGAAGAACCUCCUGAAAAAGACGAUACUUCUGGAGAAGAACCAGAAAUUAUAAAUUUAGAAGAAGAAAAUGACGGAGUUACUUCAGAAGGUGAAAAACCUCAAUUUGCUCUCGGAGAAAUCGAAGAAGGACGCGAAGCAGAAGCAAGUGAACCUUUCGAUUCAGUCAAUAUGAAAAAGCAAAUCCCAAGGCUGACCGGGAGCACAAGAAGGUCAAUGAAAGCGGUUCCUCCUAGGCGGAGCACUCCUCGUCGUUUAACGCCAAUUGUAUGGAAUGAACCAGGUUCCAGUUCGGGACCAAGUAACGUUAUUGGCUCGGCUAUUCUUAUUAAAAUGUUUGGACUUGCAAUUUGCAUGAUGCAAUUAAUACCAUCAUAA